GCAGAAGAGAGUCUGGCUCUGAAGGAGGACUCGAGACUGCCCGCACUCACUGUUUCUUCCAUACCGAUUUUCAUCGAAGACCCUCGACAGCCGGAAACAAGGUAGAUUCGGAAGCGUAGCCAUCCACAUCGUCCCUCAGAGACUCUCGUCUGAGUGCGAGCAAGCUUUCGUGAAGUCAACACUGCUGAAGGGCCGACCUAGGCUCACACGAAAGGGGAGCAACACAGACCUAGGCCAAUUGAAGUCGAUCGAGAUCAAUUAAGACAUCGCGAGUACGGCAACGCGUGUUUCAGAUGCCGCUCAGUACGCCAUUGAGGCUCGGCUCCGCCUUGCUGCACACCACAUCACUGGCCAUUUGCUGGUCUGCCUUUCUGUCCUUGGACGACCUAAGUGACAUCAGUGGGGUGGAUGUCUCAUUGCAAUAUGGAGGCCACUACCAAUUCUUGACCGUCUGCGCGUUGAGGGCCACGCAGAUCACGAUGGGCGUCGCGCUUCUGCACGACAUUUUGGCCCUUUCAGAGCUAGCGACGCUCAAGUCGAUUCUGAGCGUAGCAGUCUUGCCGGUAGAGACGCUGGUGUCUAUGCUCUAUUGGACUGUGCUAGCCAUCGAUCCAGAUCUCCUUGUCCCUCCGAGAUUGACCGACGAUCCCAACAAUCCCGGUCAGGUGAUCAAAGAGAGCAUCCGCUUGCCACUUAGCGCAGACUUGGCCAUGCACGCUGCACCCGCCGUCUUUCUUCUCGCUGACUUUUUGCUGGUAUCACCUCCCUUCCCAAAGAAGGUGCGACCUGCCUUCGUAUCUGGCAUAGCCACUGUCGCCUACUGCGUAUGGUGCGAAAGAUGCGCAGCAGUGAAUGGCCACUAUCCUUACCCGCUCUUGGGCUUGCUGUCCCUGUGGCCUAGACUGGGGCUGUAUGCAGGCUGCAGUGUGACGAUGGUGCUUGUGCUGGGCGCCGUGCGCACCAUCCACGCCGCAUUAGAUCGACGGUACAAGAGGGUGUGGGAUGACACUGUUGCAGAGACCAUCGCAGGCAAGGUGGGCGAGCUCUCCAAGAAGCACGAGUAGGCUAUCGAUGCUAUUGAAUGGCAAUGCUCGAGACAUUAGCUUCAAGCUUCUUUACAAGACGCCGCGACUGCACAGAAAGAAUCGGAGUGGUCCAGUGUACAACAGCAUCGCGGGCCAGCAAAGCCAUACGGGCGCGUACAAGUGGUG